CGCCUUUCCGCUCAGUCGGAAGGGAACUCCGCGCGUAAAAAAAGAAAAGCUGCAGCGAGGAAAGGCGCGCUCUCACAUCUUGGAAAAAAAAUCAAUUUUUCAACUACCAACCUCCUCAGUGUUAUGCAUUAGUGUGCUCAGCAUUAUAUAUAUUUUUUUUCUAUCUUUUUUUUUUUUUUUUUUGGUGAUGGUUCCUAACGUGCCGGAUGCUGCUCGCACGAUCCGAUGCUGCCGUGCAAGUCGUCGAGGCGCAAAUGAAGACGCAUAAAAGUGGGAGCUAAGUGGAUUUAACUGCAGGGCAACAGAAGGCGAGGAGGAACUGAGGAAAAUCCGCUCCAACUUAUGGCGUGAAGGGCCUGCGGCUGGCCUGCAUCACUCACAGCUAAUGGAUGUCUUUACCCACUAUGCCUACAACGACAGUUUCUAUGACAAUGGAACAUGGGGCUUCAACGAGACGGACGGGGAGCAGAAGCACGAGUACAAUUACUACGCCAUGCUGCUCACGCUGCUCAUCUUCGUCAUCGUGUUCGGCAACGUGCUCGUUUGCAUGGCCGUGUCGAGGGAGAAGGCUCUGCAGACCACCACCAACUACCUGAUCGUCAGUCUGGCGGUCGCUGACCUCCUGGUGGCGACGCUGGUCAUGCCCUGGGUUGUCUACUUGGAGGUCGUGGGGGAGUGGCGCUUUAGCAAGAUCCACUGUGACAUCUUUGUCACUUUAGACGUGAUGAUGUGUACAGCCAGCAUCCUCAAUCUGUGUGCCAUCAGCAUCGACCGCUACACAGCCGUCGCAAUGCCCAUGCUGUACAACACCCGCUACAGUUCUCGAAGAAGGGUGACUGUUAUGAUCUCAGUGGUGUGGGUGCUGUCUUUUGCCAUAUCCUGCCCCCUGCUGUUUGGGCUCAAUAACACAGCCACGCGGGACGCUUCACUUUGUGUGAUCGCCAAUCCCGCCUUCGUGGUGUACUCCUCCAUUGUGUCCUUCUACGUGCCCUUCAUCAUCACUCUGCUGGUUUACGUGCAAAUCUACGUGGUCCUGAGGAAGCGCAGGAAGCGCGUCAACAACAAACCCAAGCGGCGUGCGUGUCAAGCCGCCGCGCCGGACGUGGCCACUUCUCUCAAGGACAAGUGCACUCAUCCUGAAGAUGUGAGGCUGUGCGCGGUGAUUGUCAAGACCAACGGGAGCUUCCCUGCCAAAAAGAAGAAAGUGCUAUUCAUCAAAGACGUGACCAACGAAGGGGAGGACAUGGAGUUAGACGACCUCAACAACAGCGGCAGCAGCCAGAAGCAGAAGCCGCGGUGCACCCUGGGAGAAACGCCGGCCACCAGCCACCAACUGCUGGUGCCCAACAAGGAGGUCAACACCAGCCCCAACUCCUCGCCCCCGACGGCCGCCGAAGAGAGCCUGAGACCCGAAAAGAACGGCGACCCCGGCAAGGAGCCUCCGGCGGAUCAGACGCAGAUGGUGGCCAGAGUCUUCCAGACCCAGACGCUCCCCAACGGCAAGACUCAGACGUCUCUGAAAACCAUGAGCAAGAGGAAGAUCUCCCAGCAGAAGGAGAAGAAGGCCACACAGAUGUUGGCCAUCGUUCUUGGUGUAUUCAUCAUAUGCUGGCUGCCUUUUUUCAUAACGCAUAUCUUGAACACCCACUGCACAAAAUGCAAGGUUCCCGCCGAGAUGUACAACGCUUUCACAUGGCUGGGCUACGUCAACAGCGCCGUCAACCCCAUCAUCUACACCACCUUCAACGUGGAGUUCCGAAAAGCAUUUAUUAAGAUUUUGCACUGCUAAAAAAAAAAUUAAAAAAAAUUGCCGAGCGAUCGCACUGAAGGAUGACGACCAGCCGGGAAAAUACCUCAUCCUGGAAAGGAAAAACACACUUUCCUAAAAGACUGGAGAGGGGGG